GCGGGAGAUGAGGAGUUGGACUGGGAGACAUUUGAUUAGUAACUAGCUUUCUAGCUACUUUUGAGAAUUAAUGAAAGUAGCUUAAUGUUUUGAGUUUAUUUCUGUUUCUGAAGAUCAAACUUGCUUUGCUUCGGGAGGAGAAGGACAAUGGACGAUUUUGGGGUCUACGUUGUUUUGGGAGUGAACGAUGCACCCAUAAAGCUUCUAUGGUAAAGUAUCUAGCUAAACGUGUAACGUGAGUUUGAUGUAUCUUAUUCGAUACUAGAUGGCUAUCUAUCGUAAAUGUAUCGAUUUUUCAACUUAUUUGUCAUAUUGUGUUUAUUAAUCGAGAACAUGAAUGUGUGUAAACUAGCCUGCCUGCUACGAGUUGCAUGUUUUUAUAAAUGCAUUUAGCUAGCUAUGCUAUCACAAUUCCAUAGUCACGCAUGAUGCAACAGUCAAAGCUAGAUUGUGGUAUGGCUACCCCAACACAUUAUUUAUUGUCAACGUGUAGGAAAAUGCAUGAUAUAAUGUAGCCCAAGCGUCUAUAUUUUUUGUAAUAGCUAAGUAGUUCAUCUUCAACUCUCCUUUUACAGCGCCGACGGGUCAGCCCAGUUUUCCGUUGCAGUACCACCGAGUGCCCAGCAGGUGGUACUGUUUUCCAAGGGGCGAUGGGGAGACAGGAUCUGCGUCAACGCAGAACUCAACGACGCUGACAGAGUUCCAAUCACCAUUGGAAAACUGACACCUUAUAACAGGUACGUUGCCAUCUUUCCAGGGCCAGGACACGUUAAGAAAAACACAACGUUGAGGAACGUUUUAGAUAGACAUGUCAUGAAGAACAAAAAAAUGCCUCCCUGACAUGUAGCACAACGAAUCACAUCAGCUCUUAGUGACGUUGCUAUCUGAAAACGUUCCACAACAUUUGCUUACUGAACGUGGCGCAGCUUGGUAUGUUGUAGACAAUUACAAUGAAGGAUAUUGUUAGGGUGUCUCCCACAAAGGCACACACUGUCUGACUGACUUGUCCCUGGUAAAAGUGUAUUUUGCAUGUCUCCUAGACCAGUAUUUCUCAAUCCUGGUCCUGGGGGGAAAAAAACAGAAAUGUGCACCCUUUGGGUCGCCAGGACCAGCAUUGAGAACCACUGUCUUAGACGGCAGGACCAGCAUUGAGAACCACUGUCUUAGACGGUAAUAAUAGGAUGUAAAAUGGUGUAGUGUGAUCGUCACAUUAUCUUGUCCCUGGUUUAGGUGUUUAACAUGGGAGCAGUGGGAAGAGGAUAGCUGGACUAAGGGAGUGACUUUAACUGCCAGCUUGGAAGGAGGACGCCUGGUGAGUGGAUUGGUGGACAGAUGGGACAGAGGAACAAUUGAACGACUUGACUAAACAUUCCAAAAUGUUACAGUGGAACAUCAAAUGGCUUCUUUUUGUAAGGGUUACUGUGGCUUUUAGCGACUAUUCAAACAAAAAAUGACUUAGCAAUUCCUACUAAAUAUAAUGAACAAAGAUACAGUGAGGGGGGGGGAAAAAGUAUUUGAUCCCCUGCUGAUUUUGUAUGUUUGCCCACUGACAAAUAAAUUAUCAGUCUAUAAUUUUAAUGGUAGGUUUAUUUGAACAGUAAGACAGAAUAAAAACAAAAAAAUCCAGAAAAAUGCAUGUCAAAAUUUUAUAAAUUUGACCCCCUCUCAAUCAGAAAGAUUUCUGGCUCCCAGGUGUCUUUUAUACAGGUAAUGAGCUGAGAUUAGGAGCACACUCUUAAAGGGAGUGCUCCUAAUCUCAGCUUGUUACCUGUAUAAAAGACACCUGUCCACAGAAGCAAUCAAUCAAUCAGAUUCCAAACUGUCCACCAUGGCCAAGACCAAAGAGCUCUCCAAGGAUGUCAGGGACAAGAUUAUAGACCUACACAAGGCUGGAAUGGGCUACAAGACCAUCGCCAAGCAGCUUGGUGAGAAGGUGACAACAGUUGGUGCGAUUAUUCGCAAAUGAAAGAAACACAAAAUAACUGUCAAUCUCCCUCGGCCUUGGGCUCCAUGCAAGAUCUCACCUCGUGGAGUUGCAAUGAUCAUGAGAACGGUGAGGAAUCAGCCCAGAACUACACGGGAGGAUCUUGUCAAUGAUCUCAAGGCAGCUGGGAGCAUAGUCACCAAGAAAACAAUUGGUAACACACUACGCCGUGAAGGACUGAAAUCCUGCAGCGCCCGCAAGGUCCCCCUGCUCAAGAAAGCAUAUAUACAGGCCCGUCUGAAGUUUGCCAAUGAACAUCUGAAUGAUUAAGAGGAGAACUGGGUGAAAGUGUUGUGGUCAGAUGAGACCAAAAUUGAGCUCUUUGGCAUUAACUCAACUUGCCGUGUUUGGAGGAGGAGGAAUGCUGCCUAUGACCCCAAGAACACCAUCCCCACCGUCAAACAUGGAGGUGGAAACAUUAUGCUUUGGGGGUGUUUUUCUGCUAAGGGGACAGGACAACUUCACUGCAUCAAAGGGACGAUGGAUGGGGCCAUGUACCGUCAAAUCUUGGAUGAGAACCUCCUUCCCUCAGCCAGGGCAUUGUGGAUGGGUAUUCCAGCAUGACAAUGACCCAAAACAUACGGCCAAGGCAACAAAGGAGUGGCUCAAGAAGAAGCACAUUAAGGUCCUGGAGUGGCCUAGCCAGUCUCCAGACAUUAAUCCCAUAGAAAAUCAGUGGAGGGAGCUGAAGGUUCGAGUUGCCAAACGUCAGCCUCGAAACCUUAAUGACUUGGAGAAGAUCUGCAAAGAGGAGUGGGACAAAAUCCCUCCUGAGAUGUGUGCAAACCUGGUGGCCAACUACAAGAAACGUCUGACCUCUGUGAUUGCCAACAAGGGUUUUGCCACCAAGUACUAAGUCAUGUUUUGCAGAGGGGUCACAUACUUAUUUCCCUCAUUAAAAUGCAAAUCAUUUUAUAACAUUUUUGACAUGUGUUUUUCUGGAUUUUGUUUUUGUUAUUCUGUCUCUCACUGUUCAAAUAAACCUACCAUUAAAAUUAUAGACUGAUAAUUUCUUUGUCAGUGGGCAAACGUACAAAAUCAGCAGGGGAUGAAAUACUUUUUUCCCUCACUGUAUAAACGCAACGUGAAACAAUUUCAAAGAUUUUACUGAGUUACAGUUCAUAGAAGGAAAUCAGUCAAUUGAAAUAAAUUCAUUAGGCCCUAAUCUGUGGAUUUCACAUGACUUGGCAGGGGCACAGCCAUGGGUGGGCCUGGGAGGGCAUAGGCCCACCCACACGGGAGCCAGGCCCAGCCAAUCAGAAUUAGUUUUUCCCCACAAGGGCUUUAUUACAGACAGAAAUACUCCUCAGCACCCCCCUCAGCUGAUCCCGCAGGUGAAGAAGCCAGAUGUCGAAGUCCUGGGCUGGCGUGGUUACACGUGGUCUGCGGUUGUGAGACCAGUUGGAUGUACUGCCAAAUUCUCUAAAACGACGUUGGAGGCAGUUUAUGGUAGAGAAAUGAACACUAAAUUCUCUGGCAACAGCUCUAGUGCACAUUCCUGCAGUCAGCAUGCCAAUUACACACUCCUGCAAAUUGAGACAUCUGUGGCAUUGUGUUGUGACACAACUGCACAUUUGUGGCCUUUUUAUUGUCCCCAGCACAAAGUUAACCGGUGUAAUUAUAUCUUGAUAUGCCACACCUGUCAGGUGGAUGGAUUAUCUUGGCAAAGCAGAAAUGCUCACUAAUACAUUUCUCUGAUCUUUUUCAUUUCAGGUCAUGAAACAUGGGACCAACACUUUACUACAUGUUGCGUUUUAUAUUUUUGUUCAGUGUAGAAAGUCUACAUCCAGUUGAUUUUAUUUUUAGCGGCGGUUUAGACCCGAAACAGACACUUACGUUCGCCGCACACUACCUUCUCAGACUGUUCGCUAACGUUAACAAAUGGUCGCAGCUAACAAAAAAAACGAAUGGAAUAUGUUCACAAACGUUUCCCCUUGUUGAACGCCCCCCUCUGGGGAAUACUGCCUAAACAACUAUGGUAUCUAUAGAGCUGGAGAAAAGAGGGAUAGAUGGAUGGUUCGAUAUAGAUCAAACAUUCAUGUUUCUUAUAGACUGGCAGGAAUACCAUCUCUAAACCAGAGCAUGUAGAUAUACAGGAGUAUGUAUUACAUUUCAGACGACCCGAAUGACGAUGGACUUGACUCUGUUUGUGCUACAGGUCAAAGGGGAUAGUAUGGACUCUGACCUCAUCCUGUCCAUUAAGGAAUACACCCCAGAGGUGAGAUCAACACGCCUGGCUCGUCACACAGUCUUCUAGAGCAGUGUUUCUUAAAGGGUACACGUUGUAGUUGUAACAAUGGGCUUAUCUCUUUUUUGAAUUUAAAGAUGGCUUCCUCUCCUUUCCCCAACAUGGGGCACUUUCCCUAGAGCAGUUUCUUAACUGCUGCCCAUUUUAGUUGUUGCCCUAGAACUAACACACCCCAUUCCACUAAUUAAAGGUUUGAUGACGAGUUGAUUUAGUGGAAUAAGGUGUGUAGUGCUAGGGCAAAAACUAAAAUGGGCAGCCCUUUGGGAAGCAGUUAAGAAACUGCUCUAGGGAAAGUGCCCCAUGUUGGGGAAAGGAGAGGAAGCCAUCUUUAAAUUCAAAAGAGAUAAGCCCAUUUGUUACUUUAGAACCUCAUCAUUCUAAUAAAUGAUGCCACUCAAAAGCCGGAGUCAGUAUUGCACGAAGUAGAUGGCAAUAUCGGGCUGACAUCCGCAACAAUGAAGAAUGUCUUGCACUGCACUCCUCUGCACUAUCUACAGUUCUUCCUGCUUGUGGCCAUGUCAUUGCUGAGUCUGUUUAACUUCUUCCAUUCUCCCUCUCUCCUUCCUCUCUCCUCUUCUAUUGCAGAGCGCCGUGGCCCAUUCCCCUGUUAGGGAGGUGAAGAGGAAGAGGGGACAAACGGGGGAAGAAGAAGAGGAGCGAGGAAAGGAGAACAUGUGUCCCAACGAAGUGGUGUCGUCAUUUUCAGAGAAGUCGACCCCCCUCAGAAAGGUCAGAGGUCAGACCAGAGGGGGUCAGACCAGACUGUUCCCCCAGGGCGAGGGGCAGGGGGCCGCGGCUCUCACCCCUCAGAACAUUCCUCCACAGAGGGGCAAGGGUAGACGGGCCAAGACACCCAUUACACAGACUGGUGAGUUAAUGUGUAGGUAGAAAGGCCACAUUGUUGUGUGUAGACUUCCAACCAGUGUAUUGACCCCACCGCCUCAUCGAUGCAGCCCCAUUGGUCAACCCGUCGGGUCGCUGGGGUCAGAGCUUGUGCCCCAUCGACCCCCAGACGGCCAUUCUGAUUGGAGGGCAGGGAUCCAGGAUGCAGUUCUGCAAGGACCCCAUGUGGAAGCUGUGCACUGGUGGGUUUACCUUAAUACAUGGUGUAUAGCCUCACCUCAAUACCAAUAACAGACCUGUAAUAGAUGGGAUAUAGCCCCCCUCUCAAUACCAAUAAGACAUCAUAAAUGGUACAGUGCCUUCAGAAAGUAUUCACACCCCUUUUACUAUUUCCACAUUUUGUUGUUACAGCCUGAAUUUAAAUGUCAUUACAUUUAGAUGUUUGUCACUGAUCUACACACAAUAUCCCCAUAAUAACAAAGUGGAAUUUAGUUGUUUACACAUUUUUACAAAUUAAUGAAAAGCUGAAAUGUCUUGUCAAUAAGUAUUCAACCCCUUUUGUUAUGGCAUGCCUAAAUAAGUUAGAGUAAAAAAUGUGCUUAACAAGUUGCACACGGACUCACUCUGUGUUCAAUAAUAGUGUUUAACAUGAUAUUUGAAAGACUACCUCAUCUCUGUACCCCCACACAUACAAUUAUCUGUAAGAUCCCUCAGUCGAGUAGUGAAUUUCAAGCACAGAUUCAAGCACAAAGACCAGGGAGGUUUUCCAAUGCCUCGUAAAAGAAGGGCACCGAUUGGUAGAUGGGUGAAAAUAAAAAGCAGACAUUGGAUAUCCAUUUGACGGGGAAGUUAUUAUUUACACUCUGGAUGGUGAGGAGGAAGGAAACCGCUCAGGAAUUUCACGAUGAGACCAAUGGGGACUUUAAAACAGAGUUUAAUGGCUGUGAUAGGAGAAAACUGAGGAUGGAUCAACAACAUUGUAGUUACUCCCACAAUAAUAUAACCUAAAUGACAGAGUGAACAGAAGGAAGCCUGUACAGAAUACAAAAUAUUCAAAAACAUGCAUCCUGUUUGCAAUAAGGCACUUAAGUAAUGUGACAAAGAAAUUAACUUUUUGUCCAGAAUACAAAAGCGUUAUGUUUGAGGAAAAUCCCACACAAUACAUCACUGAGUACCAGAAGGAAACCUGGUUCAGUCUGCUUUCCAACAAACACUGGGAGACGAAUUCACCUUUUAUCAGGACAAUAACCUAAAACAUGAGGCCAAAUAUACACUGGAGUUGCUUACCAAGACGACACUGAAUGUCCCAGAGCGGCCUAGUAACAGUUUUGAAUUAAAUCGGCUUGAAAAUCUAUAGCAAGACUUGAAAAUGGCUGUCUAGCAAUGAUCAACAACCAACUUGACAGCGCUUGAAGUUUUUAAAAAAAGAAUAAUGGACAAAUAUUGUGCAAAGAUCUUAGACUUACCCAGAAAUACUCACAGCUGUAAUCGCUGCCAAAGGUGAUUCUAACAUGUUUUGACUUGGGUGGUUGAAUACUUAUCUAUUCAUUUACAUUUUCGUCAUUUAGCAGACACUCUUAUCCAGAGCGACUUACAAAUUGGUGCAUUCACAUUAUAAUAGCCAGUGGGACAACCACUUUACUUUUUUUGGGGGGGGUGGGGUAAGGGGGGGGUAGAAGGAUUACUUUAUCCUAUCCCAGGUAUUCCUUAAAGAGGUGGGGUUUCAAUUGUCUCCGGAAGGUGGUGAGUAACUCCGCUGUCCUGGCGUCGUGAGGGAGCUUGUUCCACCAUUGGGGUGCCAGAGCAGCGAACAGUUUUGACUGGGCUGAGCGGGAACUGUGCUUCCGCAGAGGUAGGGGGGCCAGCAGGCCAGAGGUGGAUGAACGCAAUGCCCUCGUUUGGGUGUAGGGACAGAUCAGAGCCUGAAGGUACGGCGGUGCCGUUCCCCUCACAGCUCCGUAGGCAAGCACCAUGGUCUUGUAGCAGAUGCGAGCUUCAACUGGAAGCCAGUGGAGUGUGCGGAGGAGCAGGGUGACGUGAGAGAACUUGGGAAGGUUGAACACCAGACGGGCUGCGGCAUUCUGGAUGAGUUGUAGGGGUUUAAUGGCACAGGCAGGGAGCCCAGCCAACAGCGAGUUGCAGUAAUCCAGACGGGAGAUGACAAGUGCCUGGAUUAGGACCUGUGCCGCUUCCUGUGUAAGGCAGGGUCGUACUCUGUGAAUGUUGUAGAGCAUGAACCUGCAGGAUCGGGUCACCGCUUUGAUGUUAGCAGAGAACGACAGGGUGUUGUCCAGGGUCACGCCAAGGCUCUUUGCACUCUGGGAGGAGGACACAACGUGAUGUUGUCAACCGUGAUGGCGAGAUCAUGGAACGGGCAGUCCUUCCUCGGGAGGAAGAGCAGCUCCGUCUUGCCGAGGUUCAGCUUGAGGUGGUGAUCCGUCAUCCACACUGAUAUGUCUGCCAGACAUGCAGAGAUGCAAUUCGCCACCUGGUUAUCAGAAGGGGGGAAAGGAGAAGAUUAAUUGUGUGUUGUCUGCGUAGCAAUGAUAGGAGAGGCCAUGUGAGGAUAUGACAGAGCCAAGUGACUUGGUGUAUAGCGAGAAUAGGAGAGGGCCUAGAACUGAGCCCUGGGGGACACCAGUGGUGAGAGCACGUGGUGCGGAGACAGAUUCUCGCCACGCCACCUGGUAGGAACGACCUGUCAGGUAGGACACAAUCCAAGAGUGAGCCGCGCCGGAGAUGCCCAACUCGAAGAGGGUGGAGAGGAGGAUCUGAUGGUUCACAGUAUCAAAGGCAGCAGAUAGGUCUAGAAGGACGAGAGCAGAGGAGAGAGAGUUAGCUUUAGCAGUGCGGAGAGCCUCCGUGACACAGAGAAGAGCAGUCUCAGUUGAAUGACCAGUCCUGAAACCUGACUGGUUUGGAUCAAGAAGGUCAUUCUGAGAGAGAUAGCAAGAGAGUUGGCUAAAGACGGCACGCUCAAUAGUUUUGGAGAGAAAAGAAAGAAGGGAUACUGGUCUGUAGUUGUUGACAUCGGAGGGAUCGAGUGUAGGUUUUUUGAGAAGGGGUGCAACUCUCGCUCUCUUGAAGACGGAAGGGACAUAGCCAGCGGUCAAGGAUGAGUUGAUUAGCGAGGUGAGGUAAGGGAGAAGGUCUCCGGAAAUGGUCUGGAGAAAAGAGGAGGGGAUAGGGUCAAGCGGGCAGGUUGUUGGGCGGCCGGCCGUCACAAGUCGCAAGAUUUCAUCUGGAGAGAGAGGGGAGACAGAAGUCAAAGCAUAGGGUAGGGCAGUGUGAGCAGGACCAGCGGUGUCAUUUGACUUAACAAACGAGGAUUGGAUGUCGUCAACCUUCUUUUCAAAAUGGUUGACGGAGUCAUCCACAGAGAGGGAGGAGGGGGGGGGGGGGGGGGAUUCAGCAGGGAGGAGAAGGUGGCAAAGAGCUUCCUAGGGUUAGAGGCAGAUGCUUGGAAUUUAGAGUGGUAGAAAGUGGCUUUAGCAGCAGAAACGGAGGAAGAAAAUGUAGAGAGGAGGGAGUGAAAAGAUGCCAGGUCCGCAGGGAGUCUAGUUUUCCUCCAUUUCCGCUCGGCUGCCCGGAGCCCUGUUCUGUGAGCUCGCAAUGAGUCGUCAAGCCACGGAGCAGGAGGGGAGGACCGAGCCGGCCGGGAGGAUAGGGGACAUAGAGAGUCAAAGGAUGCAGAAAGGGAGGAGAGGAGGGUUGAGGAGGCAGAAUCAGGAGAUUGGAGGGAGAAGAUUUGAGCAGAGGGAAGAGAUGAUAGGAUGGAAGAGGAGAGAGUAGCGGGAGAGAGAGAGAGCGAAGGUUGCGACGGCGCAUUACCAUCUGAGUAGGGGCAGAGUGAGUAGUGUUGGAGGAGAGCGAGAGAGAAAAGGAUACAAAGUAGUGGUCGGAGACUUGGAGGAGAGUUGCAGUGAGAUUAGUAGAACAACAGCAUCUAGUAAAGAUGAGGUCAAGCGUAUUGCCUGCCUUGUGAGUAGUGGGGGAAGGUGAACGGGUGAGGUCAAAAGAGGAGAGGAGUUGAAAGAAUGAGGCAGAGAGAAAUGAGUCAAAGGUAGACGUAGGGAGGUUAAAGUCACCCAGAACUGUGAGGGGUGAGCCGUCCUCAGGAAAGGAACUUAUCAAGGCGUCAAGCUCAUUGAUGAACUCUCCAAGGGAACCUGGAGGGCGAUAAAUGAUAUAUUAGUGUUUUAUUUAUCAUUGUAUUUUUUUUAAUGUUUUGUGUAGAUUGUUGACAGAAAAUGACAAUUAAAUCCAUUUUAAUCCCACUUCGUAACACAACAAAAUGUGGAAAAUGUCAAGGGAUGUGAAUACUUUCUGAAUGCACUGUAGCUAACUUUGGAUCUUUGUUUUAAUUGGUUCACGACACCCUCACUUCCUUGUUUGUCGACCCUUCAGAGGACAUGUCAUGGGUUCCCGCGGAGACGCUUGCAGAAGGCCCCACCCCCGAGGCCCGGAUUGGCCAUACUGCAACCUAUGACCCUGAUUCCAAAAGAAUCUUUGUGUUCGGAGGUUCUAAGAACAAAAAGUGGUUCAACGACGUUCACAUCCUGGAUACACAGAGCUGGAAGUGGAGCACCGUGGAGGUGAGAGACUAAACACACACCUAAUAACCCAGGACUGGAUAGCUGUAAGCAUCUAUCUGUGCAAAUGUAAUAACAUGAAUGCUCUUUCUCCCCUCAUCCCCCUCUCUCUCUCUCUCACUUCCUCCCUCCCUCUCUCUCCAUCUUCCUCCAUCCCUCUCCUCUCCAGGCCCAGGGAAAAGUACCUCCGUUAACCUAUCACAGCUGCAGCAUGUUUCGAGGUGAACUAUUUGUCCUGGGAGGGGUGUUCCCUCGCCCUCACCCUGAACCCGACGGCUGCAGUGACUCCCUCUACAUCUUCGACCCACAUCUCUCCAUUUGGUACCAGCCCAUCGUCACGGGCGACAGGCCCGCCCCCCGCUCAGGGUGAGAUGGACCGAUCCAAACCACAAGCUUCAGACCAUAGUUAGAAAGAGGACUCUGAUUCACACUCACUAGUCCACAUGGGUAGCCUGGGGGCAGAUCUGUUUGGGCUCUUGCCUCCUUCGCUCCCUUGUUUUCCCUCUCCCUCCUCCUCACUCUUCUAUGUCGCUUGCUCUCUUUCUCUCUCCGUCCUCCUCACUCCUCUCUCUCUCUCGCUCUCUCUCUCUCAGUUCAAUUCAAUUAAAGGUCUUUAUUGGCAUGGGAAACAUAUGUUAACAUUGCCAAAGCAAGUGAAAUAGAUAAUAAACUAAAGUGAAAUAAACAAUAAAAAAUGAACAGUAAACAUUACACUCACAAAAGUUCCAAAAGAAUAAAGACAUCUCAAGUGUCAUAUUAUGUCUAUAUACAGUUUUGUACCACCACCUCCUCACUCUUCUGUCUCCGUGUCCCUCUCUCUCUCCCCGUCUCCAGUCACUCUGCCUGUGUUAUCCAAGGGAAGAUCUAUGUGUUUGGAGGCUGGGACACUCCCCUCUGCUUCAACGACAUGUACAUGCUUGACCUGGGUAAGACACACACACACACACACAGGCUUGUUUGUCCAGUAGGUCUAUGUGUGGUGAGACUUCCACCUAACGGCCAUUUUGUUUACUCUUCAUGGCUCUCUCCAGCUUGCCUGAGGAUCUGCAAUAUAAUUGGCCAGUUAGUUAUUAGAGGGACGGCAUUGGAGGACUGACAUUUAAAUGAGAUCGUCUUUGUUUAUUUAUUCUUGUUUUAGUCAUUAUGUAUGUUGUUUAUUGCUUUAUGGAUCCCAGCACUCCCUGGAAAACAGUGGCAAGUGUUGCUGAGUGGACUAUCCUGACUAAAUACAUUUAAAUGAAUGGACUGUUUUCAGGACUGAUGGAGUUUUCGUCUGUUCAGACCAAUGGAUCACCCCCCUCUCCUCGCAGGUAGGACUAAAGGCUAUAAUAACUAAUGCAGCUUACAGAAACACACACACACACACACACACAGUUUAAAGACUCAAUGAAUCUCUCAUACUUUAGACGGCCAUCUUUUAUCCAUCCCUUUAAGGUAAGUUGAACGUUUUAUCCCAGAAAGUGCCAUUGAAUUUCUCCUUUUUAUAUAAGGGAGAACCUGUGAUCGAUAUAAUGCUUUGUCUGUCUUCAGAAAUGUUUCUGCUUUUUGAUACUGCUGCUCCCUAGUAUUAAAAGUGUUCCAGAGCAGAACAUAUUUAACACGGUUCCAGAGCAGAACAUAUUUAACACGGUUCCAGAGCAGAACAUAUUUAACACGGUUCCAGAGCAGAACAUAUUUAACACGGUUCCAGAGCAGAACAUAUGACCAGGAAGUGUUUGUUUACAGCUGGCAUGGUUGUGUGCUGCUCUCUGACUCUACGUUUCUGGUCCACGGAGGAUACAAUGGAAACCAGGCCCUCAACGACACCUUUACCUUCAACACAGGUCAGACACACACACACACCCUGCUUCUCUACACACACACACACACACACACCCUGCUUCUCUACACACACACACACACACACACCCUGCUUCUCUACACACACACACACACACACACACACCCUGCUUCUCUACACACACACACCCUGCUUCUCUACACACACACCCUGCUUCUCUACACACACACACACACCCUGCUUCUCUACACACACACACACACUGCUUCUCUGCACACACACCCGCUUCAAGAACCAGGUCCUGACCUCUGUGUGUUCCAGACACCAACACCUGGACUGAGCUGGUUCACCCACAGCUCUCCGUGCCCAGAGCUGGACAUUCCAUCAUCACAAUGGCGCUAGCCAAUCAAAACCUUUCAUUCGAGGAUGACUGCAACGACCGGAACUCCGACCGCACCCACAAAACCCUGCUGGUAUUUGGAGGGGGCGACAACGAGGGAAACUUCUAUUCCGACCUGACGACCCUGACUGUCGCUAAACUGCUGGACCAGAACUAAUGCUGUGUUCAUAACCAAGUGGG